GCCGUGGACAAGUUUGAAAGUGAAUGAGGAAAUAUUUGUUAAAAUACGGAUGUGCGUCGGUCUAGUCGAAACAAAUCGAUAAUUCUGUAGAAAAUACAUGCACGUGUAAAAAGUACGUGUACUAUAAACUCGUGUAAGGUUAGAAGAAAGCUUUUCUUUUUUUAAAAUCCCAGUAGCUAAAACUGGGGGUGACUGGUUGUUGUCGCUGAUCUCGCUCGGUCUUGUGCAUAUAUAAUAUUAGCUGACGUGCUCUUUCUUAAUAUUUGUUACGUGGUAUAAAACAUCAUUCUUGGUCAGCAAAUGAUCAUGUCGAACAGUCCCUUCGUUUUUAGCCGUAGUAUUUUAUUGGCGGCGACCACUUGCGAGCAGCAUCAUGUGCUGUUGUAUUGAUAACAUUUAUAUUUUGUGAGGCAGAUAUGAGCCUUUCGUAGUCCUAGGGCAAGGAAGGAAGGACGGAGAAGUUUAACAAAGCAGACUGGUGGGGGAAAGACGCCUCCCGAUCGCUCAGUGAGUGAGGAAGUCGCUUGUGUUUCUGGAUGUGUCUGAGUCCUGCUGCUGGGCCGCCCUUGUUGCAGAAUGGCUCCUCGGCUGCAGCUGGAGAGAGCCGCCUGGCGCUGGGUGGACACGGUGAAGCCCGAGGAUGUGACAGAGGAGCACAUAGAGAUGGCAUAUCGCAUAAGAGUCCCGGCGUGCAAGAGGGGCGCCUGCAGAAAUUGUAAAGGAAAUCCAAACUGUCUUGUUGGCAUUGGAGAACAUGUCUGGUUGGGUGAAAUUGAUGAAAAUUCGUUCCAUAACAUUGAUGACCCAAAUUCCGAAAGGAGAGACAAGAACAAAUUUGUUGGGCUGACAAACCUGGGGGCCACCUGUUACGUCAACACAUUCUUACAGGUGUGGUUUCACAAUCUAGAAUUGCGGAAAACCCUGUACAUGUGUCAGAAUUCACGAGCUGAGGAGCACAACCUGGACUCAGAUUAUGAGCCUCAGACUAUAUGUGAGCAUCUGCAGUACCUGUUUGCAUUGUUGCAGAAUAGUAACAGACGAUACAUUGAUCCCUCGGGUCUGGUGAAGGCACUGGGUCUGAAUACAGGACAACAGCAGGAUGCUCAGGAAUUUUCAAAGCUCUUCCUGUCUCUUUUGGAAGAUACACUUUCAAAACAGAAGAACCCCAAUCUCCAUAAUGUAAUACAGCAGCAGUUUUGUGGGCAGUUUGCAUAUGUUACUGUAUGUAACCAAUGUGGCCGUGCAUCUCUGCUUCCAUCCCGCUUUUAUGAAUUGGAGCUCAACAUCCAGGGACAUAAGCAGCUCACCGACUGUAUCACUGAGUUUCUUAAGGAGGAAAAGUUGGAAGGGGACAAUCGUUACUUCUGUGAGAACUGUCAGAGUAAGCAGAACGCUACCCGCCGCAUCAAACUGCAGACCCUCCCACGAACUCUCAAUUUGCAGCUGAUGCGUUUUGUCUUUGACAGACAAACUGGUCACAAGAAGAAACUGAACACCUUCAUCAGUUUUCCAGAGAUCUUGGAUAUGGGACCAUUUUUGGAGCAAAAAGAUACAAAGUGUUUGUAUGAGCUCAGCGCUGUGCUUAUUCACCGGGGAGUGAGUGCCUACUCUGGUCACUACAUUGCUCACGUGCGUGAUUCUCGCACCAGUGACUGGUACAAGUUCAACGAUGAGGAGAUUGAAAAAAUGGAGGGCAAAAAACUGCAGCUUGGAAUCGAGGAAGACAUUGCUGACACAAAGUCCCAGGCACGCAAACCAAAGUGCAGUAAAGGCUACCACUGCUCUCGUAAUGCUUACAUGCUGGUGUACAAGCAGUGGUCUGAAUAUGAUGGUAAUCAAAAAGAGGUUACUGAAGAAGUACCAGCCUUCCUUCAGAGGUUGGUGGAAAGGGACAACAAAAAAUUUGAGGAGUGGUGCAAAGAAAUGGCAGACAUGCGGAAACAAAGCGUUGACAAGGGCAAAGCCAAACAUGAAGAGGUGAAGGAGCUCUACAAAUUGUUACCUGCGGAAGACGGUAAACUUUUUGAGUUUGUUCCCUUGGACUGGCUGAAAAACUGGCUUGAUGAUGCCACUGCUACAAAGUCUAUUGACAACCUAAAGUUUCUCUGUACUCAUGGAAAACUACACCCAGACAAAAUUGGAGAGGUAAAGCGAAUAUCACUGAAGGCUGCAGACCAUUUCUUUAAACGAUAUGGAGGGAGUCCCAGACUAGACAGAUCAUCCCUCUGCAAAGACUGUGUGGUACAGCGAUGUAGAGUACUACGGCUCAAGAACCAGUUAAAUGAAGACUACAAAGACAUUUCCAACCUUGUAAAAAUUCCAGUUAAAAGUAACCAGGGGUUUUGGGUGGGAAAAGCCUCCUUGCGGAGCUGGAGGCAGUUAGCUCUAGAGCAGUUAGAAGAGGAUGAAGAGGAAACCAAACACACCAAUGGAAAAACAAAUGGGGAAGGACUAGAUAUUUCUGCAGACAAAGGUUUAGAGAGCAAAGAACAGCAAAAUGAUGAAGAGAUGAAAACUUUCAAUGAAGACAUUGUUUGUGUGCAUGGGAGCUUGUCCAUAUCAGACGGUGAGAAGAGGCUGGUCUCUGAUGAAGUGUGGAACAGGAUUAAGGUGUACUUCCCAAAAGCCCCAGAAUUCACCUGUCAGCAAGAACCCUGUCAGCAAUGCAUAAUGCUGGACAGGGAAGGCAAGGAAAACGAAGCAUUGAACAAGAUGAUAGCCAAUGAGCAGAAAGCAAACCUCCUAAAUCUCUUCCAAGAGAAAAAUCGUCCAACUCUUCAGAAAUGGCCUCAGGACACAGAAGUUCUUUAUAUUGUUUCCUUAUUUUUUGUGGAGGAGUGGAAAAAGUUUAUCAGGAAACCUGCAAAGGGCAACCCUGUUUCCAGUGUUGGUAACAGUGUUCUGCUGUGUCCACACGGAGGCUUCAUGUUCACCUAUGACUCAAUGGUGAAAGGUGAUGCUCAGCAAAUAGUUCUGCUGUGGCCAGGUGAAUGGGAUGUCAUAAGGAGACACUUUCUGGUGGAUCAAGCAAUUUCCAUUUGCAGGCUAAGUGAAAAGACCCAGAACACCAUGAAUGCACAAUACCGUACUCAACCAGACUUGUGCAAGGACUGCAGAGAGGGUUUGAUCUUCCAACAGCAGAGAGACAUGCGGGAGUACACACAAGCCACUGUGUACAUCCGUAAAGUUGUGGACAAUAAAAGGAUCAUGAAGGAAGCAGUACCUGAGCUUAAUGCAAGUGGCUCGGAUGCUGAAGAUGAGAAAGAGGUUGCUAAAGUGAAAGGUGAAAGUGAUCCUGACUUUUAUCAGUCAGAGGAUGGGGCAAAGCGGCAGAAGCUGAAAGAUUCCUGUUACACCUCCAGUGGGAAUUUGAUCACGCCUGCCAUUCCACAGAAAUCUGGCAUAAGGAGGAGUGCACGGCACCGCAAGCUACGUGGAGAAAAAGCACUUAUUGUCUCAGCGAACCAGACACUUAAAGAGCUCAAGAUACAGAUUAUGCAUGCAUUCUCUGUGGCCCCAUUUGACCAGAAUCUCACUAUAGAUGGAAGACAUUUAACAGAUGACUCUGCCACCUUGGGUAGUCUAGGUGUGAUUCCAGACAGUAUAAUCUUUUUAAAGGCUGAUGAACCCAUAGCAGAUUAUGCAGCAAUGGAUGAUGUUUACCAAGUCUGUAUGCCUGAAGAAGGAUUUAAAGGUACUGGCCUUCUUGGACACUAAAAGAAAACAUUGCCAUUGAAGUUGAGACGACUGUACUUAGACCAAAAAGUUUAAAUUAGAUGAAAAUGGCAGCUGGUACUUUUGAUUUUUGUUACUUUGUUGUAUUUUUGUUGACUGUAAUUUACAGUUUUCCCUAUUUUCAGUGUUUGCCUGCUU